UCAAAAAUGUGGCGUCGCUUUUGUUGAUGUUUGUGUUUGUACAAUAUAUUUUGAACUUUUUGAGAAUUUCCACUUUUAUGAGUGAAAAUCGACACUAAAACGAGAUUUGUUCUUAAUUUUAUUAUCGCAAUAUUGUGAGAAACAUUUUUCUCGCGCAUUUACAUAUCGCGUUUUGCCCUAGGGCCUAGCGCAUGUGUCCUAGCCUAGCCCAACGCUAAGAAAAUCGAUAGUUAAAGGGCUUGAGCGGUUAAUUGCCGGCUUUUUCACAAUUAAAUUAAUAAUAAAUAAAGAAAAUGAGUAAAACUGACCCAAAUCAGGGGUCAGUAUCGCCUACCCCGGCCAUAACUGAGGACAAAAAGAGCAUCCAAGACGAAGAGAGGGAGAAAAUCUUGAAUAUAGAAAACGCUAUGGUGUCCAGUGUUAUUGAAUCCUCAGAGGAAAAGAAACCUAAGGAAAUAAAAGAAGGGAUGGAAGUAAAACCUAAAAAGAUCCCUAUAGGGGGCAUUCAGAUGCCCGGGUUUUUCACCAGAAGCAAAUCCAAAGAACAAUGCAAGGACGAAGAUCAGACUGAAGGCACUGAACUAAUAGAACAAGACAAAAGUGAAAAAAAAGAAGACACCUCUACUUUGCCAGCGAAAAUUAAGCUACCAAAUCCGUUUAAGAAAACUAAACCGAGUGAUCCUGAAGAAGGUGAUAAAUCUACAGAACAAAAAGAUAAAAUAAAACUACUAGAGAGCAUAAGGCUCCCUUUGGUUUCCGUAUUUCAACGUAUGAAACGGAAUUCAGAGUCCCAAAAUUUGACCACGAACAGCCAAGCCGGUUUGGCCUCGCUGGAAACCUUAGAUGAGAAAAGUGGAAAUGAGAAGGACGAAAUGAAGAACGUCAAUCUGGACGAGAAAAAGGACGUCGAAAAACGUGACGAACAAGAAGAAGUCAACUGGAUGGAAAAACUAAAAGGAUACAAAAUCGCCAUUGGGGGUCUUCUACUUUUUCUUUUGAUGAUGAUUGUGGUGAUUUUCAUUUCGUCCAGGCAAGGCUCCUCCGUUCCGCGCUCCGCCCCGAUUAAAGACGGGAAGUUCGUCGAAACCAUUACCAGCUGUGGCUUAGUCGAAGGGAAAAUGGAGGAUAGUUCUGUAGCCUUUAGAGGAAUACCUUAUGCCAGACCACCAGUGGGGAACCUUAGGUUUGAAUAUGCCCAACCUUUAGAUAAUUUACAAUAUUGUUGGAAUGGUACUUUUUUGGCCCAUAAUGCCACUCCGCCUUGUUUGCAGAUAUUGAGUAAUAACACCGUUACAGGCAUCGAAGAUUGCCUUACACUGGACGUGGUCACUCCGUACGUAAGAUACACCAACCCUCUGCCAGUCGUAGUCUUAAUAGGAGCAGAUAGUCUUGUGGGGGAUUCCCCAGGGAAACUGCGCCCCUCAGCCAGAUACGCCCGCUCCCGAGACGUGGUCUUCGUUAGACCAAAUUUUCGAAUUGGCGCUUUAGGUUUUUUGUCUUUGGAUAUGUUAAGUCAAUCGUCUUAUCCUCACACCUCGGGCAACUACGGAUUGUCCGAUAUCCUAAGGGCGUUGCAGUGGGUCCAGUUGAAUAUCGAACAUUUCGGAGGCAACAAGGAGAGCGUUACUUUGGUGGGGCAUAAGGCGGGAGCCACUUUGGUAACCGCCUUGUCUACCAUACACAAUGCGAAAAAAUACUUUGCACGGGCGUGGGCCUCGUCGGGUGGCUCAAUCUAUCCGUCAAAGCCGCGAGAGGAAUCUGAAGUGGAAUUCAGAGAGUUUUUGCAAACCGUCAAUUGUCAAGACGUCGCGUGUUUAAGGAACUUAUCGGCCAAGAAACUGGUCAGUUCUGUGCCGGAUACUUGGAGGAAACCGCAACCGGAUCUGCCCCCGAAGGACGAAGAACCGGAUAAAAGACAUCAAUGGCUGGUAAUCGACGGGAUGAUCCUAAGGGAAAGUCCCAGCGAAGUAUGGUCCAAAGGUCCCCUGCCAGUACAGUUAGUAAUCGGUUCAGCCGCACAAGCGGGUAGCACCGAAAAACUCCGCCUGAAAAACACCAACUGGACCGAAACCCUCGUCAGGCACCACGUGAAAGAGUCGAUAAUCGGCGCUCAGAACCUCACCAAUGACGCCCUAAAAAAAUACACUUCGACUUACUGGGGCUUAAGUUCGAUGGUCACAGAUAUCCGGAUAGUGUGCCCUUUAGUAUCCAUUUGGAAAAACAUGGAUAACGUUACGAUUUACGUGGUGAACCAGACCCGUGGCCUGGACAAGAUCGCCGAUAUCGAUUCGGAUAUCGACGCGAUUUUGGGUCGAUACGAGCCUAAAACCCCUGAACAACGGAGGUAUUUUUCAGCGAUGCAGGGGCUGUUUUAUCACUACGUUUGGCACGGUAAAAUCGACGAAAAGGGACUGGGUAAGAACGUUCUUAUUGUCGAUCAAGAUGUGGUACCUAACGCGACUUAUUCGCAUUGCGAGUAUUGGACUUUGAAGGGUAUCGUGCCCAAAUACGCCGCUUUGGAUUAAUUCAUGUUUGCUGUGCGUUUAUCUUCGAGUAAUAUUUACUUACUUAUUAUAUGUAAUAACGAUGAUCGCUAUUUGCAUUAUCAGGUAAAAAGUAAUUAAUUUAUUUGUCCAGGCAGUUAGAGCACUUUCAGUUUACUCCUUUUCAAUGACCAAGAAUGUACCAUUUUUUUGACCCAGAAGGCAUCCUCGCGUUCAUUGGAGGAAUCAUGCCAUGUUUUUAAAGACUAUUGUAUUUAAUUCGAAUGAAAAAUUUUUAAAAUGAAUGAGGCUAUGAGGCGCAACCCCGAAAUAUCUCUACGACUUAUGUUAAUGUUAUAAGAAGCAUGUCGCAAUAUUUUUGCAAAACAAUCGCUUAUUAAUAGUUAAUUAACUUAAUUUUCAAUAGUACAUUUGUAUUUAGUUAAAGAAACUUACUAGAUUUAACUAAUUAGAAAAGGAAAUUAAUCUGAAUCACAAAUACCCUGUGCCUGGCCGAAGAUCUCGCACCACCACGCAAUUUCUUCAUUUAUCACAAUUUUUUGCAUUUAAAUGGAAACGUUUCGAUGUUUACUCGUUGAGGUCUGCGUCAAGGCAAAUUUUCCUAUUUUUGGGGUUUACGGUGCACUAAUGGAUUUAAUUUAAUUAAUAUUUAACUGUUGCAUCACUAAAGUUUUUCUUAAUGCCAGGAAGAAACAAUCAAAAAAGAAAUGACUUAAAGCACCUGAAAGUAUAAUGAAAUAUAAAUGCCCAAAUGCAUUCAUAUAUAGAUCCCUAUUACCUAUAUACUAGAUCUGUCAUCAUUUUCUUUUGCACGGAACCUGUAAAGAGGAAUGUUGUUUUGUAUAAAAGUAAGUUACCGGAUCAUAUACACGGUUAUGUCCCACAGAAAAAAAAUUAAGUAAAGAGAACAUUCUCAAUUUUGCCUUUUCAUUGCAUUUGCUCUUGAAAAUUAUUCACUGAUGCUUCAGUGUAUCGUAUCUUAGUUUUUUAAUUAAAGGUAAAUGAACUCAUUAGUUAAAACUUCCUAGGAAUAUUAUUUCCAAAAAUACCUGUCAUUUUAAAAGUUUUUGAGGUACAAAAGUUGGUAAUACCUUAAAAGGACACACCUGUGACUGGAAACUUAUUAAGGUAUCUCAAGUGAUUUCGAAAAUAUCCCAAAAAAAAUUAAAUUGGGGACCACUCAAGUUUUUUUUGUUGAGGGAUUUUUCCAGUUAAUACGCUAAAGUAUUUCAUAAUGAAUUAUUCAUUUAUUCCAAGCAGCUGAGGGAUUUUCUUAUCUUCACCUGGUUUUGUACAUCAAAUCCAUAAUAACACCUUUCUUUUCAAUAGACCGAACUGUAAUGGAUGCGAGAUAUGGUAAUUAACGUGUGUGAAGUGUAGUGUGUUUUCUCAAAAGUUAAAAUUAGUUCGUUUACAAAAAUGCCUCUAAUUUCUAAAGUUUUUAAGGUACAAAAAUUGUUAAUACCUUAAAAUGUUUACCCUUGCCAAAUUGGAAUUUCUAUUAUACCGUACUAGAGAAAAUGUGUGGUUGUUUUGGAAACUAUAGUACACAAAUAGAAAAAGUGUUAAAUUGGGUCUUAAAAUUAAACAAAGUCUUAUAUUUAUCCCUUUCUUUAGACUCAUACAUUUCCUACUAGAUACAUAGGUCUGGGUUUCAGAAAUUAGGCAAAAAAUUCACAAGUUUUACAGUAAAAAUUAAUAUUUAUACAAAUUUAGUAAAACAUUAAAUAGAAUAUAAACAUUUGUCUAAAUUUUGCACUGUAUACUAACAAGGUAAUUUAAUUAGGAGCUUAGUUUUAAAAGGAACAAAUUGUGUGAAGUAGAAUUUAUACAGGGUCUUACAAAAAGUUAUAGUAUAAAUGUCAAUAAAAAUUUAAUAAAAUCACCAAGAAAUUGGAAAACCUUAAAACACUUCCUACUCAAAUUACCAGUAAUGUUUUUUAGUAAUUGUUAUAAAUUAAAUAACUAUCAAACAAGUUAAAGCUUUCUAUAUUUUUUUUUGGAAUGCAAGGAUCUAUGAUAUAACAAACAUUUUUAUGUUUAUUUAAAUUAAACAUCAUAUGACAGUAUAAGUGCAAACAGUUGUUUCCAAUGAGUACGUUUUCUCGCAUAUUCUUCUAAGCUAAUGUAGUAACAAACAAAGACAAGCUUAUCUCAAAAUGCCUUAAGAAUUGGAGGGAAAAAGAUGCAAGGUAAUAUCAUGUCUUAGAGUCCAUGGGCAUGUGGCAUAAAAAACACGUUUUCCAGUUUAUUUAAUGUAGGCAUAGUGCAAGUAGUGGUUUCCAAUUACUAACGUUUUCUUCCACAUACUCCUGGACUAAUUUAGUAACAAACAAAGACAUACUUAUCGCAAAAUGCCUUAACGUUAGAAAAGAUAAAGAUGCAUAGUAGCAACGUAUCUUGUAGUCCUGGGACCUGUGACGUAAAAAAUCAAUUUUUUCAUCAUACAAAAUGAUCAUUUUUAAUUAAUAAAUAAAGCAGUUUUUUUACAAUACGCCUGGACUAUUAUAACCACAAACAAAGACAAACUUAUCACAGAAUGCUCGGACGUUGAAAGGAGAAAGGAUGCACAGCAGUAACAACAUGUUUUAUAGUCCGAAGGCAUGUGACUAAAAAACGCGUUAAUAUUUUUUCAAUUUCAUGAUAUAUGAAUUACAUUUUUACUAUUAUACAGGGUCAGAAGGUCUUUCGGCACUUAAUGGCCAAAGGACCGCUCAAAUUUUUUACAAUUUAAUUAAUGAAAUAAAUAAAAUAGGCCAGCGAAAUGUCCAUUCAAUUAGGCGACCACUGAUUAGCCUAAUUUGCUAAGGGUCUUUUUUCUUAGUAACUUUCGUACUAAAAAACGUGGACUAUAUUUUUUUUAUUUUACCUUAAUACAUCCUAGAUAGGAAACUGCCAUAAGAGCCAAUAAAACACUGAACCGUCAAUUCAAUAAUUUUACUAUUAGUCCUGAUCGGUCAACCUAAAAAUUUCAAAUUAGAUUUCCAAUCAUUGGUUAGCCCAAUUUGCUUAGGGUUUUUUCCAUUAAUGAUAAAUAAAACAUAACUUUCGGUACUAAAAAACCUGGUCUGUAUUUUUUUUAUGUUACUUGAGGGGACACACCUUUGAUUAGAAACUCGUUACGAAAUCUCAAGUAAUUUCGAAAAUAUCUUAAGAAAUGUAAAAUGUUACGAAAUAAAAAAAACUGGGGACCACCAAAUUCAUUUUAGCUAAGUUAGUUUUCUAGUUUCCUAUGUUAAAUCCAUUACUUUUGAUUAUACAAGAAAUUCCAGAAAUAUAUCAAGAAAUGCGUUCAAAACUGUAAAAGUUCCUUAAAAUUUGAAAUCCGUCGGUUAACAAAAAAGCGUCUAAUUGUAAAAGUUUCUUAGGUACAAGAAUCGUUAAUACCUUAAAAUGUUCGCCUGGAAAGGACCCACCUUUGACUAGAAACUCGUUGAGGAAUCUCAAGUAAUUACGAAAAUAUCUCAAAAAGUUUAAAAUGUACAAAAAAAAACUGACUCAUAAUCAAUAAGCUCAAACCCCCUAGAAAAUUGCAUAUAAGUGUGACAAAGACGAUAAAAUAAAUGAUUGUUUACAAGGCAGCAUAACAUACCUAUAUAUAUAUUCUAUCUUUGUUCAGAAGUAGAGAGAGGCAAAUACUUAAAUUCACUAGAUAUGCUUAAAGACGAUCCUCUUUGAAACACUAAAAUUCUCCCUUUCUGGUGAAAAACACAAACUUUGCUUCUCAAAACUUCAAUCUAUGAUAAAAUUGCAAGAAUUAAUUUAGUGAUGCCAUCUAGCAACGAGGAGAAAAGGGUCGUUUAGUCUUUUGCGUUACUCUUGACGAUUAAUAUUCUAAAAUAAAGCGGAUUUUGUAUUUUUAUGGGUAAGGGAGUAAUUGCACUCAUAGCCUCAAAUAAUAUGAGUCCAAAUUUAGAGCUUUUCGUCUUAAAACUAACCAAUGAUUUUCAAUCAUCCUCAAUCCUCAUUUUCGCUGCUAUUUGACUGCUAUAUAGGGUGAUUUAAAUAUUCACCCUGUUUCGUAUAUAACACAGGGCAUAUAGGACCACGUCAUAUCUUUCACUUAUAUUGCUUAAUGUAACACUAGAGUGAACUAAAACGCCCGCUAAGUGAUAUUUAUUAUAAUAAUAUACUCUUUUAAUAAUUAAAUAAUCAUUCUUAUGUAUAUAUAUAUAAAUCUUAUUUCAGCUCUCUUUCUUAGUUAUAAGUUAUAUAUAGGUUAAAGCAGUUGUAUAUAAUACUCAAAAAUCGAGCCUCUGAACAAGCCUAAAGGUAAGUUAUUGAAGAAAUGUGUGUAUUUUUGGUAUAAUAUGUUUUUUUUUUAAAUAUUUAUAUACACUUUUAAGCUUAAACCACUGGUAGUAAAUGAUUUUCCAUUUUUGAAAAACUAUAGGCAUUAGUUUAGAAUAUUCAGCGUAUUAUUUAUUUUGAUCUCAAGGGAAGUUAGGUUUUUUUUUUUUAUUAAUAGGAAAUUUUGGUCCUCGGUGCCAAAAAAAUCAGUAUUAAAUUUCUAAUUUGGAUUUUAUCAGUAAAUCUAAUGUAUUAUGACAAAUUUUUUAUUAGAUUUACUGGUAAAUAAAAUAAUUGCAAACUAUAAAACAUUUCCUUAUUUAUUAUACUAAUAUACAAUGAAUUAAUAUUAUACUAGAAUUUAGGAUGUUUAUUAUAAGACUGUUUUUUUUUUCUCCAUUAUAAUGUAUUUAGUUAUAUUAAAUAAAGUUGUAAUUCUAAAUAAAUUUUGAUGUAACAAUAAACGAUAUUUAAAGUAUUCAGUGAUAGAUCUUAGUUUCCCAAAAUUCGUCGAUUUUAAACUGUAAGUACUACUUGGCUUUAACUUUGCUUUAUAGGUUUAUCAAUAAAAUCCCAUGGAAAUUAUUGGCAUGUUCAUUCACUCUUUCUUUCGGUUGUAUUUAAAUGAAGUCGAAAAAUCACCCUGGAUUAAGGGAUGUUCAAAAGAGCGAAAAUUUCAUAAAGGCGCUUGGACUAAACCGUUCUUCGGACAAGGACAGCUACUAGGCACCCAUGCGUUAGAAGGAGAAUAACGUAGUGGGCCGUCGCACAGUAGAACGAGGCAAUGUAAAUAGGUGGACAUUGGCGAUUUUUAAAAAUUAUAAUUUUCUCCGAUCUAUUUUAUAUUUUUAUAAUAUAAACAUAUUGUUGUUUUUAGAAAAUACCGCCAUAUGGUUUUGGCUACCUACACGGUGGAAAAAAAGUAUGUGAUUUCAAUGGUAAAGUCUAUUAUGUUAAAUAUGACAAAAUAUUAACUAUUUUAUUGAGUUGAAGAUUUUUUAAAAAUUUUGAAAAAUCUGCCGAUUUAACCGUCAUAGAUCAAACUUUAAUAAAAAACUUUUACAUUAUUCUACGAGUAUUAGCGUCUGGAGAAAAUAUUAUUCCAGAAAUGUAUGGAUGGUACUACAUGCCGGCAUCUAUACACAAACUUCUCAUGCAUGGAGCCGACAUAAUAAGAAAUUUUAUAUGCCCUAUAGGCAAUCUUUCAGAACAAGCAGCAGAGGCGAGGAAUAAACAUUUUCGCCAUUACAGAGAGUUCCACGCAAGAAAAAGUAGUAGGAUAUUUACAAACGAAGAUAUUUUACAUAAUCUAAUUCUCUCAUCAGAUCCAUUCAUAUCUACCAUAAGAUUAAAAGCUGAUAACAAAAAACUAACUAUCAUGACAGAAGAGGCUCUUUCCCUGAUUAAUUUGAAAACUAAAUUUAUUUAACUAGUUUCUUGUUAUGUUAUGAGAAUAAUAGGUAUGGUAUACUUUAGGCAAAAAUGUAAAUUGUCUUUGUCAAUUCUCUCUAUUCUGAUUGAACAUCAAAACCAGUGAGUGAGUGCUAGUUAUUAAACUCUAUUGCUCUUGGAAGAAAUAAUAAAAUAUUAACUCUUCAUAUGUCAAAACUCUUUACCGUAUGUAAUAAAUGAUUGAAAAUAAAGAAGAAGAAAUUUUGCCAUUUCUGUUUUUUUUUUUUACUUUGUAUAAAUAAUAUCAGAAAUCGAAAAUCAUUCUCUUGUAGCAAUUUGUCUUCUUGUAUAGCGUCCGCGUCCUUAUCUAGCGUUCUCAGAAUUUUAAUCGUAGGUUCUUGCCAGCAAUCAGUUUUUGGAUUUUUCAUAAGAGGUCCUCAUGAAAUUGAGUCUUAUAAGAAAUAUUUGAUUUUAAAUUAAAGAUAUUAAGAAGCUUUUAUGUGAUUCAUUGGUCCUUUCACAAUGUAAUUACUGUGAUGUAGUGUAUGGCUGGUGUCUUGAUUAUGAGGAUAGGGGUAGACUGCAAAAGCUCCAAAACUCUUGCAUUCGACUAAUAUUUGGCAUUCGUAGGAGAAACCGCAUUUCCCAUAAACUUCACGAACUUGGAUGGCUUAAUAUGCAUAAUCGAAGAAUUGCUCAUUCUUUAACAUUUUUUUAUAAAAUUUUAAUAUAUCGUAGUCCGCCCUAUCUCUAUCAAAAAAUAACUUUUAGAAAUGAUGUACACCAUUUAAAUUUAAGAAGAAAUACUAUUCUCAUUCCGAGACAUAAAACACAGUUAUUUAAACGAUCAUUUUCUUACAAUUUUGCUUAUCAAAUAAAUUCUUUAAAUUUGGAUCCGGACCAAUUAUUAAUUUCUUGUAAUACUUUUCGUAGGAGGAUGAUUGUAAAUCUAAUGAAUCAGCAGGGUAUAUAAUUUAAGUUCUUUUUUUUUUAACUUUUUGAAUGGUUGUUUUCUUAAGUAAUUUAUUGCAAUUUUUGGUAUUGGGAUCAUUUUAUUUAUUUAUUUAUUGUCUGCAAUAAUUUUUCUAUUUUUUGUUAUUUAACAAAAAAUUUAAUCUGUUUUUUGGGUAUUUGCAGUGUGUAUUGUUUUGUUUUGUUUUGCUUGAUGUUAAACUGUCAAAUUUAGAAUUUAGAACUCUUAUGUAGUAUUAUGUAGGUUUAUUAGGUAUAGGAUUAAAGAAAAAGCUGUAUUUAAUCAGUUAUUAGUUAAGCGUUACUGUUAAUGAGCGUUACUGAAAUUACCAUUUUUUUUUUAAUGAAGUGUGGGGCCACAAUGUUAAAGACCAGAAUCUGCCAUGGCAGAAUUCUGAAUUUGUAGGCCUUUUAUUUGCGUAAAUUUAUUGCUAGAUUUUGUAAACUUGUAUUUUUUUUUGUUUCUUCUAUGCAAAUAAAAAAUAUUUAUUAUUA